ACAAGAGAGAAUUGGAUAGGCAGGCAGUGAGAGACGAAACCCUAGGUUUUAGUGAGUGGCGAAAAUGGCGGUGAUUUUUUCAAGUGCAAUACCAGGAGGGGCAGCACCAGCAGCAAUCGAGCAAGUGCAGUGCUUCGGGCGGAAGAAGACGGCGGUGGCAGUGACCUACUGCAAGCGCGGCCGAGGCCUCAUUAAGAUCAACGGCUGCCCGAUCGAGCUGGUGGAGCCGGAGAUCCUCCGCUUCAAGGCCUUCGAGCCAAUCCUCCUCCUCGGUCGCCACCGCUUCGCCGGCGUGGACAUGCGCAUCCGCGUGAAGGGCGGCGGUCACACCUCCCAGAUAUACGCCAUCAGGCAGAGCAUAGCCAAGGCUCUCGUCGCUUACUACCAGAAGUACGUCGACGAGCAGUCCAAGAAGGAGAUCAAGGACAUCCUCGUCAGGUACGACCGCACCCUCCUCGUCGCCGAUCCCCGCCGCUGCGAGCCCAAGAAGUUCGGUGGUCGCGGUGCUCGCGCCAGGUUUCAGAAGUCCUACCGUUGAUUUCCUCCUUUUUUUUUAAGCUAUUCAUCAUAAGUUGUUAAAGUACUUUCUCUGUUUUAUUGGUUCUGCGCUGAGUUAAGAUCAAUCGAAUUCUGAAUACAGUUAUAUAAUGGUUAAGUUUAAGUUAUGUCGUUAUUAAAUAUAAUUGCUUGAAUGCUGCUUUUAUCUUGUUA